AUGAACACUCUUAACUCUUACUCCAACUUUAACGCUGGUCACCCUCACGACGCCUCCGGCAUUGGGGACGGCCAGUACGAAGACGAUAAUUAUGAGGAACUUCUGGUUAACAUGCGCAACACAGGACACGCGAUGGCUGCAGAGGCCGGUCCGGUGAUCGUCCCCGACUUCAAUGCCUUUAAUAACGGUGUCCCGAACAUGUAUGUGGCCACACCGUUUGAGAUCGCGAAUUGGCAGGCCGCCGCACCCACACCGGUCGCCCCGACCACUCUUAGGCUGCCGUCGCCUUCGAGCUCCGUGAUCAUCAACAACUAUCUCCGCACCCACCCGCUCGGUGGCCCCAUGAACCCGCAGCUCUUCGGCACCUACAGCGCGCCGAACACCAGCGACUAUGACGUCCGGGGCUUCUCGAACAAUCCCAACAUCUUUCCACCUUGCGAACUCCAGCAUGUUACAUUGUCGGGGCCAGGCGAGUCCUUCGCUGACGAGGCCGCGGCGUACCCACCGGCCGUCCCAACUGCUGUUGCGCCCUCCCGUCCCCCGCCCAUGGCGUCCCUUAUGGAUCACCCCAACGUCCUCGCGCUCGGUGGUGCCUACGGUGUGCCGCUGAACACCGGCGGCAACGACAUUCCCGUCUUCCCGAAUGGUUUCAACACCUUCGCUCCUUCCGACACCCAGCCUCUUCCCAUGCCGGCGCUGAACAUGACCUUCGCUAACGAAAUCGUGGCGCCCCAACCUGCGAUUCCGAGUGUCGUCGCACCGUCGCUGCCAUCAACCCUCAUAGGCUACCCCUUCCCGCUUGGUGGCUCCAUGUUCCCACAGCCCUUUAGCACUUACAGCGUGCCGCCGAACACCAGUGGCCAUAACGCCCUGUUCAAUGCGGACGCUCUCUACAACCUCCCUCCUCCCGAUUUCCACCCCGGUGCGGCACAGGAGCAAGGUGCGUUCUUCCCUCUUCAGGCCGCCAAGGCCCAUGCUAAUCGUUUCCAAUCAGCUCCCCGCCACACCCACCACCACUCUUCGGUGAACGCGCGCCACGCGCCGUACAACACCGAAAUGCCUCAGGCUAACGCUGCCAGCGUAGACCUGAGUGCGAACAACUUGACAUCAACGAGGGCCACCCGCAGGGGAGGUGCCCGUGCGGGCAACACACGCAGAGCCAAGGAGUCGCUCCUCAAGGCACAGCUGGCCGAACACCGCCUGGCCAUCCGAAGUGACCCUACCAACUGGGAGGUGGCCGACGACGUGCCUGAAAGUGUGCUCGUGUGCGAAUUCCGGGGCUGCACGGCCGACCGAGAACUAUGGGAGGGCAGGUACCCUAAGUGGGAGUGGUCGGAGGGCCAGCGCUACAUCAGCCACGUCGACACACAUCGUCCCAAGGGCCACAAGCUCUUCACGCACCCGUGCGACGCCUGCGACAAGGUAUACACUAGGCAGGACGCCUUGCAUCGCCAUUAUGUGACACGCCACGCAGGGCCCCGGGAAGGUGGCGCGGGCGCUGGAUCUGGAAACGCGCAGGCGGGACCGUCCCGCUUGACUGCGUCCUAA